AUGGCGGCGGCGGCGGCGGCGGGGCAGCAGCAGAGGGUGGUGGUGAUGCGGCACGGGGACCGGCUGGACCACGCGGAGCCCAUGUGGCCGGCCAACAAGCCGCGGCCGUGGGACCCGCCGCUGACCGACGCGGGCGUCCUCCGCGCCUGGACCGUCGGCAAGCGCAUCCGGGCGCAGGCCGCCGCCGACGGCUACGCGCUCCACCGCGUCCUCGUCUCCCCCUUCCGCCGCUGCCUCCAGACCGCCGCGCAGGCCGUCGCCGCGCUCUGCGCCGUCCCCGACGACGCCGCGCUCGCCGCCGUCCUCGACCCCAGCGCCAAUGUGCCCCUCGAAGCCUCCCGCGUCAAGGUGUCGAUCGAGUAUGGACUCUCUGAGAUGAUGAAUGUUGAAGCGAUGGGCGCUAUCGUCAGCCAGAUUGCGCCCGGCGUCGAGAAGUGGUUCCCUGACCUGGCAGAACUCGAAGCCAUCUUGCCACCUGGUACCAUCGACCAUUCCACAGAGCCGCUCUUCUCAGAGGUACCCAAGUGGGGAGAAUCUGUGAGGGGAGCAAGGAUCAGAUACGCUAGCCUGAUCAAGGCUCUCGCCGACAAAUACCCUGACGAGAACCUACUCUUAGUAACACACGGUGAGGGUGUGGGUUCCUCGGUGGCGUGCUUCGGGGCCACGGGCAUGGAGGUCUACGAGGUGGAGUACUGCGCAUACACCGUGCUCGAGAAGCAGCCUUCCGGUGAGGGCGGCGGUGAUGAGAGCGUGCUCAAGGUGGUGGCGGAUCGGAGCGGCCCGACCACGGGCAUACACUACCUGGUCACCUGA